AUGAACGCAGACGUUUUGUCACCCACCCCGGAUCCCAGACGCCAGACCCUGGACUAUUACUUCAGGAUCUACCAGAGUCUGUUUCUGCAGCCGUCGCGGAUCUACCAGGAUAAGCUGUUAGAUUUGGAGGAAAAUGUCAGCAACCUGUUUGAUUCCGAUCCCAUCAUUGAGCACUGCUUCCGGCAGUUCAAGCAGAAGGACUUCCAACUGCCCGAGAGCCGCCGGAGGAUCAUCAUCCUGCCUCAGAGGCAGGAGCCGGUGCCCAGGGAUCCCACCCUCCCGCCCACGCCACCCCCGCCACCCGUCCCCAGCUACAAAGCCCUGGAAAACGGUGAUAUCCAAGGGCAGCCCGAGGACAGGAAGACCUGGCUGACCCGCAGGCUGAGGCUCCGGGAGGAGCUAGAGUCCUUCGGUGACGUGAAGCGGUGGCUGGAGAACAAACCCAGUAUCACGCCUUCAGAAGCCAAGGUGCUGCACAUGAUCCACAGAGAGCUUGACGCCCGGAGGGACCUCGCCUUGCGUACUUUCAAGGCCGCCAUGGUGAGCUGUCCUCUGUCCUCUCCAAAAUCGGUGCCCCGUCUCCGGCUGCCCAAGCCCCCCGCACUGUCAGACAUGUACUCCUUCCUGCGCAGCCACAAGGUCAAGGUCCUGGAGCUGUUUCACAAGGCAGAUGGGGACUGGAGGCAGCGGAUCUCCAGGGAGGAGUUCAUCGUGACUCUGAAGGCAGCCGGAGUCCCUCUGAGUGGCCAGGAGGUGGAGGACAUCGUGAUCUAUCUGAGCUCUCUGGGGAGGCACAAUAGCAUCACCAUGGACAACCUGGCCACCAGCUACAAGCAGUGGUCUCUGAGUCGGCAGAGGAGCACCCUGCGCACUAGAAGAGACGACGUGGAUAAGGAGAAGAGUUGCCUCAGGAGCUCUGUCCGUAAACAAAAGGACUCAACCAUUCCCAAGAUGGAUCUUCUGACAGUGCCCAAGGUGGACGUGGAGACAGAGGCACGGCCCAUGACCCUGGAGGAGAUGGAGGAGGUGGACAGGCGGUACUACGAGAAGAAGCACCAGUACAAGGUACUCCUCCCCUCCAUCCAGUACUCUCACCCGGUGCACCCUGGGAAGGAGCAGGUUGACGCUCACUGCCUCCCGUCCACCAUCCCUGGGGACAUGCAGGGGCUCAUCAACAAGGCCCGCAAGGACGUCUUUCUGGUCUACCUGCAGUGCUGCAGUCUCUGUGAGUCCUACGGCCUCCCGCUGACCGAGGACAUCCUCAUGAGAGCUCUGCUGUACCCUGGAGACAAGAUUAUUUUCCACAAGGGCCAGGUGCGCCCCAUCCGGCAGCCCGGAGGCUUCUACUCUGACUGGAAGAUCACCCCGAAAAUGGCUCCCUUCAAGCGCUUCAAGAAGUCUGGGGCCGAGAGGAGGCUGAAGAAGAAGAGCCCCAGUGGGUCCCCCACAACUCACCCGAAUUCCUUCUGGCCGGGUCACCUGCUGGAUAAGCUGCGGCUCUACCUGCCCACCGUGGCCCAGGAGAGCAGUCUGGCCCUCUUCAGUCAUGUCCGACACAAGCCCCAAGUCUACCGGGCCGUCCACCACCCUAACCGAUGGUGGCCCCUAAGGGACACCAGGGACAUGACCCGUGUCCACUAUGAUUGCACCAAGGUGUACUUCAUCAGCUAG